AUGGAGUAUGCAUUGGUCACAGGUGCUUCACUGGGUAUUGGAUACCAGUUGGCUAUCACAUUGAAUAAAAGAGGAUACAAGGUAUUUGGAUGUGCCCCUGAAUCGCAUUUAUGGGAAAUGAAACCCUUGGAAUCAGAGUAUGGGAUUGUAAGUUUCCCCUGUGAUAUCACCAAUGUGGAGGAUGUUAAGAAAGCUGCCACGUUUAUUGGUGAACAGACUGGAGGUCGUUUAGAUCUACUCUAUAAUAAUGCUGGGAUUGGUCUAGGGGGUCCGUGCCUUGAGGUUGAAGAAAAGGAUGUGGUCAAGCUUUUCGAGGUUAAUGUUUUUGGGCAUAUGUGGAUGACCAAGUAUAUGGCGGAGUAUGUGAUUGCAGCAAAAGGUAUUAUUGUGUUUACGGCUUCUGUGGCUGCUAGAGUACCAUUAUCAUGGCUGGGACCAUAUUGUGCUUCUAAGGCUGCAAUUGAUCAAUAUGCCAAGGUUCUUCAUGCGGAAAUGCAAUCUCUUGGGGUUAGGGUUUAUUCUGUCAUCACCGGAGGUGUUGAUACUGGAAUUAUGGAUGUUGCAAUUCAAGCAGCUAUACAACUGAAAUAUUAUGAUGUCGAUGGAUUUUAUGAAAGUUUAAUAGCGGCUGCAAGACAAGCCAGAGAUAAGAAUAUUCCACCAGAUGCUUAUGCCCAACAAAUUGUUGGAGACAUUUUAAAUGGGGGAUCCCGGUUUAAUUUGUAUCGUGGAGCACAUGCGUUUGGGUUACACUUUGCUGAUAGAUACUUACCAUUCUUCUUAACCAAGUUCUUUAUGGCCAAAUAUUUCAAGCAAGACAAGGUUUUCUCUGGAGUUAAAAACCAAUAUAAGCUUGAGGAACGAUCCAAGAAAACCAUAUAA